UGCACCAACAACAUUCCACAACAACAUCCAGGACAUCAACAUCACAAAGCCAACACACAACACGCGCCUCUGUUGCCCAGCCAGUCAGGGUUAUUCGAAAUGGCUACCGACUUCUCGUCGGAUGAUUCCGACCAUCAAGAUCAUCACUCUGACCAAGAGGAACACAAGUCUGACGCGAGCAAUGACAGCGAGUCCGGGUCCGACUCCGGCUCUGAUUCGGGAUCUAACUCGGAUGCCUCUUCGGACUCAGACGACUCCAGCGAUGAGGUAUCUUCUUCAGAAGUUUUGACACGUAACAGUAGGGGUAUUCAGCUUCUGGCGUCGAUGCUCGACCUCGAAGCAAGUGAGUCCCACUCAAGCGAGGAUGAAGAUGACGACGAGGAGCACGAUGACGACGACCUUGCCGAACACAUCCAUGAAUAUCCGAACUCUCGCCAAGCCAGGCGCAACGAUCAUCAAUCUUUCCCCAAGUUCGGCCUCUUGCCUUAUGAACUUCGCCAGCGCAUCUGGGAGAUGUUCUGCCCCGAUCUGACGGCAAAGUCACGCGUCUAUGAGUUCCGCAUCAUCCCUCCCCCAGGAGACCAAGAAGAACUACCAUGUGACAUCUGGGAAAGCCAUAUUCUUGAGCAGCAAACUGCUCCCGUCCGUGUCAUGUUGGCUGUUCAUCAGGAAAGCCGUGAGCACGUGCUCAAAAAAUUUCCCGAUGUCCUCACUUUCCGCGAUGGCCAAAGUAAUAUUCGUUGGAAUUGCAAGAACGACGUCGUAGUUCUAGGCGGCAGAGCCUCUCCCCCCUUUCAUCCAAUACCAGGCUUUUCGGACCAGAUCCGGAACUUGGCGCUCGAUGUCGAUCUUGCCCGCCACAUCGAUAUCCGCUGGACCCCGGAGCGGCUUGAAUAUGAACAGGUGUUGCACAACUUAUGCCCUCGGUUGAGGAGGGCGUUUUGCAUUAUUGACGAUUCCGAUUGUCCGGCGAGGUUUUUGCGCUGGUGCGCGAACACAGACGAUUACCAUUAUUUUGUGCGGACCGAAGAGGAGGAGCCGGGCGUCGGAGAGGAUGCUGAGUACAUGUAUUGCUGGCGCAAACCCUCCAAGACCCGCGAGUUCACUAUCGACAACAGCAUUCCCGGAACUCUAGGCGAACAAGUUUGGCGAUCGCUGCUAUGCACCCAAAAUGGACUCGACGACACAGAAAACAUAUUUCAGCCCCUCAUACGCUUUUCUUUCGAAACUGGCCUUCGGCGCUUUGAGAAGCUCGUCAAAGAACAAAACAAUAACACCGACUGGAAUUUCUCCGAUAAUGAGUCAGACGACGAGCAUGAUGAUGAGGAGCCGGAUGAAUACGAAAGCUCAGGAAUCGAUGAUUCGGAGAUCAGCGAGGAUGAGGACGGGGGGUCAGAAAGCGAAAAUGAUCUUGUCGUCGUGGCAGAUGACAGCGACCAAGAGGAAGAAGAUUCGAGCGAUGAAGAAGGAGGACCAACCCAUGCAGGACAUUCAAAUGAUAGCCGUGAUGGCCCGAUCGAAAUCCUUGACGACUCCGAUGACGAGUCUGAUUCUGCGAACAACACCCAUCAACACCAUCGCCUUGGUCCAAGCGGCGCUGCUCGCUUCUCCAGCAUAGAGCCGUCGGAUUCCUCGACGAUGGAUGAAGAGUCAUCCUCACCACACCGAGCUGGACCCUCUCGCUCUGCCGGCUCUGGUAGGAAACGAGUCUUGGAGUCAGAUUCGGAAGAGGAGGAGGAGCAUGAUGAACCGCCCAGGAAAGCAGCGCGUAUUAGCAAAGAGAGUCGCCGCCGUGCCCGCGCUACUGUCGUACUUUCAGAUGACGAGGACGAGGAUGCGGAGGACAGAAACAACCAGAUGGAUUACGAGUCGAACGCAGACCAAAGAGAGAGCUCCACAGGAGGUGACAGUCCUGAACACCCCGUGGUCAUCUCGGAUGACGAUGACGAUGACGAUGAAGAAGAAGAGGUGACGAGGCGGCGAAUCAAGCGGAAAGCCAUGCAUCGAUACAAAGUUGUGUCAGACGAUGAGGAAGAGGAGGAGGAGGAGGCACCAGUGCCCAAGAAAAUCAGAUCUCGUCGGGGACUGCGGCCCCCAGCUUCCGACACAGAUGAUGACGAUGACGAGGAUGCAGAAAGCGAAUCCUCCACGAGCGGUAGCGACGACUCCUCGGAAGCAGAAGACGAUGACGAAGCCCCCGCCAGGCCUCUGACUCUCGCGGAGAAGCUGGAACUCCAUCGUCGAAAUAAUACUAUCCCGGACUCGGAUGACGAUGGCGACGACGAUGACGAUGGCGACGACGAUGAUGAGGAGGAAGGAGGGGAUGUCAGCGGGGAUGAUUACGAUGCGCGGAACUAUGCGGAUUUCCAGGAUGACGAAGAGGGCAAUGAGAUAUCGGAUGAAGAUGAGGAGGAUGGAGAUGAAGGUGAAGGCGGCCUCAUUAUGGAUAUGGCGGACGAGGAGGAGGAGGAUGAAGAAGAUGAUGAGUAUUAGUUCGUACUUGAUCCAGGGUUUACCGCGAGGUGCUGUGUUGAUGUUCGCCAUCUCCACAGCUUUAAGUCAUUUAACGUGACUACAUAAUAUGUCGAGAGAUACAUCAAUUCAAUGAUUUUGACCUGCGA